UGCAGAAUGUGAGAGUCAAAAGGAGACAGCUUGGUGAUAUUGUAAGGAAUAACAUCUUCAGAGGAGUGUCAGCAUGACCCCUCACAGUGAAGCUCUACUGCUGGUCUUCAGUUUCUCACUGUGUGGCAGUCUGUCUGCUGCAUCUUUGAAUAGAAAUGAAAGAGCCCGCUUUUGGUCUAGCACAGACACUGAGCCAGCACAAUGGAUGCCCCAAUCAACAAAAAUGGACAUGACUACUCCAACCGAUGUAUUACAUUCAGAGGAGAUUAGGCGAGACCUUGAGGUGGACCUUUCAGUUGAUCUAAACCCCUAUGUCACAAUGAAGGAUCAUGGUUUGUCAAGACUUCUAGCCUCAAGAACACCAUGGAUCAAAACUUUGACUUCCACUAACACUGAACCUCUUUCAGACAUCCAGAAUGAUGAAGAGGCAUCUGAUUGGUCAACUUUUAGUAAGCAAGUCAAUAUGGAAAAAUCUUUUAAAUCAUCUUCAUUGGCAACACUACAGCCUUUUCCUUCUCAGGCCUGGAGUACUGAGUCCAAGACACCUAUUGCUUGGAAUACAGAGACAUAUACACCUCAGUCUCCUACUGAAACCAGAUUUAACACCUACCAGAUACUGUGGAAGUCCUCUGGUGCUACGCAGACACCAUAUGCCAGAGGAACCUUAGAUGGUACCACUUUGCCAAGAGGGCUGACAAACUAUCUGCGGCCAUCUGAGGAAACAAAGGAUUUGACAGAUGCUCCUACAGAUAGUCUGACGGAGCCUACUCUCAAUAUGACAAGUCCUGACCCUGAAAGAGAGAAGCGUGAGGAUGUUGACCAAGUGAAAAAUGAAGAAAAUGGCCAAUCGACCGCCACUGUGAUCAAGGUCACUGAAACCUAUCCUGAAGCAGCAUCUCCAGGUGAUGACAGACGCAAAUCUUCCACACUUCAUGACUGCAGCCUGGUUGGCACUGGGAUCUGUCAGUCGCCUGACUCCUCGUGGAAUCACGCUUCAACUAACAACACCCUGUCCACUCCACCUCCUGUGUAUGAAACCACACCCCCUGGUGUAAUAACCCCACCCCCUGAAGCCCAGACCCCGCCUCUAUUGGUCCCUUUACUGGCUGACUGGAAUGCUGCUAUGGCAACAUGGGGCCUGGCAUGGGAGUUGCAGGUAUACGGGCUCAGCUGUGUGUUCUCGCUCGUGGCUGUGCUGUCUGUGCUCAGCCUGAUGUGUUUGCCAUUGCGCUGGCCCUCUGGCUGUGCCCACUUCAGCCUCCUCCACCUUCUCCAACUACUAACAGGUUCCAGCAGAGCUCUAUGGCUCCUCUAUGAUCCAUACGGCCAAAAAGAGCGCCUACCCAUAGUCUGGGCACGACUGAUUCACGAAGCUGCCUAUCCCUGUAUUACUGCAUCAUUUGGCCUUCUGCUUCUACUGCUAACUGCUCGCUCUUGUACCCAGCUACUUUCCCAGAAUACCCUGCAGCGCAGUACCUGCCUGUUGGCCGCCCUAGUGCUGCUGCACAUAGCCAUAGUGAUGGCUUCCAUGGCAAUACUGCAACUCUUUCCCACCCUGAAAAUUGUGCCUCUAUUACCGCCAGCAGCCUUUGUGUUGAUGUCCUCUCUCUUGUCAUUCACGUACCUGCUUCUUUACUGCUGUGCCCGUGCCGAUGCCAAGCACAUUUACCGGCUAAACGAUAGCUCUCCUGAGCGGCCAUCAUGCCAUGCUAGCAGGUGUCCAUUCACAGAGGCUCGGAUGUGGGAAAGGGCAGCCAGGACAGGGGUAUUCUCUGCCCUGUUUCUGCUAGCAUGUGGCAGUCUACGACUUUACGCCAUGCUCCAUGCUGAAGGGCUGACCGGUGGAGUCAUGGUUGGACUGAUGCCCUGGCCCUGGUGGGGCUUUCAGCUCAGCUGCAGAGUGUGUGAAACAGGAGUAUGUCUCACACUCGCUCUUGUAAUCACUCACCCCCUUCUCUGUUGCGGAGUGCCCCUUUCCAAACCAGGAGGCUGCAGCUGGCUCUUCAAAAAGACACCCACAGAAGGCGCCAUGUUGGCCAAACCCACCAUCCUCUCGAGUCGGUGUGGCUGGUCACUACGGCCCGUCGAGAAGCUGGGGUUGUGUGAGGGAAUAGUACGGCGGGAAAGCGAAAGCGUGCCGCUCUACACCUUGGUGGAACUUCCGCACAGCGAAUCAGACGGUUUGGACCUCCACUAUCCAGCCAGCCCUCAGCACGAGUCUUGCACACAGCUCUCCCAAACCACAAAGAAGAGCAAAGUAUCCCAUGCAUCAUCCUUUGCAAGCUUUGACGCCGACUCCACGGCAGAUCUGCGGCCCCCUUCGCCAAUCGACUUGCGACGAAGCAUUGACGAGGCCUUGAACAGUGAGGCUCUGUUCCAGCAUAGCCUGUUCGGAUCUUCCAGGCUCUCUCUCAGCACACGCGGACCCCCGGAUGGACAACCCUGUCGGGGAAACUCCACCGAACCCAGCCUAUACCGCACUGCCUCCUGUGGGGAUGUGGACCCCGCUACAGUCCCCAGCCGACCUAGGCAAUGGAGCACUCUAUCUGGGAGACCAGCUCACGUCUCGGUCAAUUGCAGUGGGUUAAACUCAACACAACAGUCCCAGAGCAGCCUACAUAGGGGCUCUCAGUCCGGGCAGCAACUCCACAGACGGUACACGGCCUUGGGCUCUACGUCCACCAGAGAGAGCGUGGAUGUAGAGACAAAUUCUCAUGUUGAUGAGCUUGCCGUUCAGGCUGAAUUCAUCAACGUCUGCAGGCAAAUAGAUGCAAUCAGUAUCAGUAGUGAUACGAUCGACCUAUAGGGGGAGAAAUCUUUAUUCAACAACAUUUACAUUUAUUCAUUUAGCAGAUGCUACAGAUUGUGCUUUAGAGGAUGUGCUGUACUUACCUGCAGAAUUAACAUUUUUCAGUUUAACACAGGGGUGUCGAGGUGUGCUCUUGGAGGUCCACCUUCCUGCAUAGUUUAGUUUAAACAUACCUGCUUGUUUCAGGUGUGUUUAAUUUAGGCUAGACCUAAACUCUGCUGGAAGGGUGACCCUCCAGAAGCAGGAGUGGACACUUUAACCGAACACCUUUAAGUAAUUUCAACCCUAACAACUCCAAUUUACAGAACUUCUCUUGAUAUAAAUGUGGAGAGGAAUUUGCUGUUGAUGCACUCUGCUUGAAUGGAAAGAAUUUUUUUAUUUUAGAAGCAGACAUGACAUGGACAAAACGGCAACUUGCAGCCUUUAAGUGACUGAUGUUCUCUAUCAAUGGUGAGAAAUUCUCUGAAAUCCACUUCUCAUAUUUGACAAAUCUUGUUGAACAUGCUUGGUUUGAUCAAAAUACUUAAAAAAAUAAUCUAAUGUACAUGAGGCUUGUGUACCUUUUAGCAAUAAAGCUAGCACUUAUGAACAUGUUUUAUGAUGAGAUGUAUUUUUGGUUUUGCUCCUACAGCACAGAUCACCUAAACCCUCAUUGACAACAUUACAACUGUAUAGAGACAUAUUCUCUAGAAACCAUUAGCAUUUUAUUUCAGCACUAUCAUUGGUGUUAAUCCACUUAUUUGUGGCAGCCCUGUCACUUAACAUUUUGUUCUGGAAUGAGACCUAGAUGUUUAUACUUAUGGGAAAGGAUGUAUAUAGCAAAAGGCUGCAUGAAGAUAACCAUGCAAACCAUGCUAAUGAGCUGUUGUAUGAAUAGAACACUUGGCAUUUAAGUACAUUUUUAACUGUUUUUUAAAUUACGUUUAGUGCUUCAUUAAAAUCUAUUUUAUCAUGUACCCAUAAUCCCUCACAGCCAUUCUGCUACACAAAUACUGCCCUCUGUUGGCCAUGAAGAUGUAAUAACAUGACAGCUUGUGCAUUUGUCAUCUUUAUUAGUGCAUGUCUGUGUGACUGACAGCAGGAGCUCAUCGCAAAAACUUUAAGAUUGUCUCACUCUUGGCUUCUCUUUUUUUUUUUCUUCAAAUGUUUGAGAUGUGCAUUUCCUCUCUAUGACUAGUAAAUGGUCCUAUACGUCUAUGCUUUUACAUGACAAUGUAAACCUCUGAAUUGCAUUGCUCAUUAUGCUACUGUGUUUAGAAAGAGAUACAUUAACAUUUAAAAGAUUUAAGCAAAGUAUAGAGUAGACAGAAA